AUACACGGUUAUCAGCGCCAAGAUCAUCGCAACAGCAAGCGUCCGGCGCUGCGCCACUAUCGCCGUCCAACGCCGCGGGGGACAGACGUGGCGCAGGGGCGGCGUGGGUGUGGCGCGCGACGCGCAACCCGGACAGUGAGAUUUUGGCGUGGCAGGAUCUUCCGACGCGUGACCCGCCACGUAACUGCUCGCGAGGCAGGUCAAGCGGCGGUGAGGCUUGGCGCGUCGCCAUGGUCAGUGUGUCUCGGUGGAACCUUCAUCAGCUGCCGGCAGUGGUCAAGGAGGCCCAAAUCGUCCUGCUGCUGAUCACGAUAACUAUCGCACAAGCCUCGGAUAGUUUUCCGGGAUAUGGAGUAACUGCCAUAAAAGACGCAGAGUGCUUCAAUGCAUCCAUGAUCGUCGAUGGAUGCGUGGAUGGAAGAUGCAUUGGCGAAAAACGUGACGGCAGCUGCCUCCAACUCGACAAACACGCCUUUUUCUUCGGAGCCGGCAUUUGCAUGUACUACCUGGUCAACAACAUCAUCCUAGUGUUGUGCUACUGGAUCGAAGACACGACAACACAGUCUUCUAAAUACGAGCUGAUCACCUCUGCCGUCGGGAGCAUCUUCUUCUUCGCCCUCGGCAUGACAGUGUUCGUGUCAGGCGGGAAGAUCGCCACCGCAUCCUCGUCAAGCGAAGGCAAGCUGAUCGCCGAGGGCUGCUGCUGCAUCAUAGUCGCCGUGCUCAACGUUGUCGACGCCAUCUUUGUUGCCCGCCGCAUUCGCGAGGGAUAACGUGAGGCGUUGUAGUAAUGUUGCUACAGCAGGUACAAGAAAAGGCGAGACCGGUCGUGACAGGUACAGUAAAGUAAGCGCAUUUAGGUACCACAUGCCAUUAGCUACGCA